AUGAAAGUGGCCCCGAAUGAAGACAGCGACGAUGAUCAAAUAUUGGUAGCAUUCCGGAAAUCGGACCACUCGGAAAAUGAAGCACCGUCGUCAUCAUCACUGUCAGUGUUGAAUGCACAGCAUGAAUUACCUCUUGCGCGGGUUAAGACGAUUAUGCAAAGUGGUGGUGAGCAAGUGCCGAUCUCCAGUGAAGGCUUAUUUGCUAUGACCAAGGCUGCAGAACUUUUUAUAUGCAAAUUAGCAAAAGAAUCAUAUGAAUCAAAUGGCAAACCAAAAUGUAUCGAAUAUUCCCAUUUGGCGGAUUAUAUUCAAGACAAUGAUAAACUUGAAUUCUUGCAUGUCAUAUACCAAACAAGCAUGGUUUCCGUCAAUGGCCAACUUUUUCAUUUACAAAUCCUCAAUGCCGCUGUGCAAUAUGGUGAUAGCAUAGCAUUGACAGAUGAACAUAUCGGUGAAAAUCUAACUUUCAAUCAGCUUCGGAAUAAGUCUUACAGUUUUGCUAAUGCUCUUAAACUAUUGGAUGCUAAAAAGGGCGAUAUUGUGGUUGUUUGCCUGAAAAACUGUUAUCAGUAUGCUGUCAUCUUCCUGGGUAGUGCGCUAAUUGGAUGCUCCAUAUCGGGUAUCCAUCCAGAAUCUACCCAACAUGAGCUCGAAAAAGCUCUGAAAUUAACAAGUGCUAAAUUUCUGAUUGUAUCAUGCCACAAUUAUCAUAUCGCCAUCAAUUACGCUGCACAAUGCAAGUUAAUAAUUCUGAACAAACAUUUUGCUCAAGUUGGAGAAGAUUUCGACAGUUUGAUCAAAAAAUGGGAAGAAAAUUUGGUUGAUAUCAGUGAAAAAGACAUUAUCCUGGAUGACAUAUUGCUAACACCUUUUAGUAGUGGUACCACUGGAUCAUCGAAAUGUGUCCAGCUAACUCAUCGUAACUUCAACGUUUCAACUGCUAUUCUUAAACAGGCCUUAUUUGACAAGUUGUCGGAAGGUCGCCGACGUGUAACUAUCAGCGUAUUACCAUUUUAUCAUGGUUCCGGAUUCUGGGCAUUAUGUUACUGCUUACUAGAAGGACAUCAAACCAUUAUAAUGGAAUCUUUUCAUCCAGCAAUAAUGCUAAAUUGUAUUGAGAAAUAUAAAAUCGACACACUAAAUGUGGUACCGGUAAUACUCGAGAGUCUUUGCCAAGAUGAAAUCCAUACUAACCGUUGGGAUUUAUCAUCAUUAACGACUGUAUUAUGUGGAAGUGCUCCUUUGGGUAAAGAACUUAGCAAACGAUUUCUGCACAAAUUCCCUCAUGUGAUUAAUUUAAUACAAGGUUACGGUAUGACAGAAUUGGUAGUUCUAAGCCAUAUAAUGCCGCUGGGUACACCAAUCAAUAAUGACAAUUAUUUGGGAAGUUGCGGGAAACUGCUUCCUGGCUUCGAGGCUGUGCUGCUAGAUGAAGAAACUGGUGUAGUGCAGAAAGAACCGUGGAAACCUGGUGAACUCUUGCUGCGGUCAGAAGCAAUCAUGAAGGGUUAUUUGAACGAUACAGAAGAAACCAAAAAAGUUAUUGACAGCAGCAAAUGGUUACAUACUGGUGAUGUGAUGUAUUUCGAUUCCAACGGCUUUUACUUCGUCAUCGAUCGAAAGAAGGAUUUAAUCAAAGUAAACGGCAUGCAAGUGUCACCGACUGAAUUAGAAGGCAUCUUAAAAUGCCACAAGAAUGUCAACGACGCAGCUGUUGUAGGUAUACCGGAUAAGGAUCACGGGCAGGUUCCAAAAGCAUUUGUUGUAUUGGUGAACGAUGAAGCGGUUGGCUUCCAGCCUAAAAAUCUUAUCAAAUACGUAAAUGACCGAGUAGCGCCACAUAAGCAAUUACGUGGUGGCAUUCAAAUAGUACGUGGAUUGCCGAAAACGCCGAGUGGUAAAACAUCACUCUAUAGAGCAGAUGUGUUGAUUAUGGGCAGUAUUGCAGCGUCACGCUAUUUAAAAACUGAUAAGGAGACGGACGAAAAAAUAAAAGCAGUGACACCAUUCAAGGAAGACCGAUAUCUUCCGGAUACAUCUACCAGUGAGCAGGUACAAAAUCAAUCCGAUAUUUUGAAUAGUUUUGCCGAAAAUAAGGGACUACGUUUCGUUGAAGUGGACAAUUACAAUCGCCUGAGGGCAUUAUUGACAAGUAUAGAAUGUAUCAUUCGAUAUUUUGUGCGACAACAAUGGACCGAACAAAUUGUUAAUUUUAUUUGUGUCUUUUUAUGUGUUAUUUUAUUCGCUAUUUUUGGUUAUUAUCCACUUGGAGAGCUUCUCAUUUAUCACAUACGACUUGUGACUCUUAACGAGACCACUUGCGAACAAGCAAAACCACCAAAUAUUCGAGGAGAUUCAAAUGCUGAUUAUAAUGUGGGAACAUAUCGCAAUUUACGUGCUGUAUUCGGUUGGGGUCUAUGGGCAUUUCCCGUGGAUUCCCACGUAGGAGACGGAAUACACUUUCCAAUCUGUUAUUCCGAACAAUCGGCAGUUUCCACUGACAUACGCUACAGCGUACAUCGAGAAGAUAAACAAAAUAAAAAUUACGAGCAUCACUUCUAA